AUGGGAAACGACCAGGGAUGCAUCUGCGGUGAGGAGGAGGAGGAGGAGGAGGAGGGGGAGGUUGGCUGGGGGCGGGUUUAGCCAUAUUUAUGUAAAGUUACCCGUCCGGCCUAUUGGAAUCCACCAAAGCUGAUGCAAUAAGCUGACUGCCGAAACAGGACUUCCUAAGUAAUCAGUUUAGAAUCCAUGGGGUGGCUGGGCGGGUAAUUGGGCCCAAAUAUGAUUAAACUCAUGGUUCCCGGUGGGGCUGUGUAGUUCAGGGGCACUGUGGGUUGGCCGUUCUGAAGCCCUCCCUUUCCUGUUGUGGGUUCACUUCCCGCCGAGGUCGCCGAGUUUUUCUCAAUUAGGUCGAAAUGGAUUAUUAAAAAUCUGCCAAAACAUCCAUUGAAGUUAUUAAGUCAAAUGACUGGAAAAUUCCCGUGUUUUUUUAAAUUACCAUAGUGUCUAAUUAACAAACGAACGACUUCUCAGUAUAUCUCAUGAUAGAUAGACACUGCAACUACACUGCGCACCAUUCUGUACCGUAUAAGUGAGUCGGCGAAGGAAAUGGGAAAUAUUUCAAUGAACGGUUCGAUGAACGUUUGUUAUCAAACCUCCUUAAUUAUGCCAUACGAUCCAAAGUCUUUUAAUGGAAGAACAAGUAGAGUGCAUAAGAUGGUGAAACUUGACAAAGAAAUCACAUAAAAGCUGCAAACAAAGAACCAUAUUUAACGAAACCUGUCUUGAUGCGUUUCUAUUUUACUUCCCACUCUAAUCAGCUUUGGGAUAAGUUUUGACCUUGUCAGCGUCUGGCAAAAAUGAAGACGUUUAUUAUAGUCUAAUGGAUUACAAAGCUAUAGUUAACCAUCUCGCUAACAUACAGAGUUUACUUCAGCUUUGCAUUUUUGACUAAAGCAAGAGACGAAAUAAUGCUCGGAAAAUCAUGACAACAAACACGAGGCACUUGGGUUGUAAAGACUGAAAUAGAACGCUGACAGUCAAUUUCAGCGGAACGGAAAAGUAAGGGUACGCUCGACAAUUUAGACGCUGUUUAAAUCAUCCAAUUUUAUACACGAGCCUCAUGAUUGUAUCAUAGUGCUAUUACUUUGCAGACGAUAAGGUGACAAGAGCCUUCACGGGUGCGUGUCAAGGCGGCUACUGUUCAAGCGAGAUGCACUUAGCGAAAAUCGGAAACACUUUUGUUCCGUCUUUGCAUUUUCUUAGGCGUCACUGCACAUAUGGUCACAUAUGACUGGCGCAGCCGCCAAGCGUAAAGCCUAUUGAAGCAAAGUCAAGCUUAGACCAGAGUAGUUAAUGUAUCUCAAGAUAAGGGAACACGGGGUUAUUUAGAUGAAGUCGAGUAGUUUUUUAAAGACCACAUUUCUUCUGUAUGGCAGUGUCAUCUUGCGAUAGGUUCAGCAUUUACAUUAAAUAAUGCCACCAGUCAUUGAAGUUUAUCAGUAGUUUUGUGAGAUCAUUUGUGCAGCAUUUUGCAUUAAAAUCUCCAUAGUUUUUCAUAAUACUCGAACUCUUUGGACAAUCACAAAAUCUCUGUUUUUGCUGCCUGUUUGGGGCGGUAAUAGCGCAGACCUGUUAAACAAAUCCACACGUACGUAGGUGCUGUGGUUCAUUUCUAUAACUUAGUCAGAAGUUGAUUUGUUUCUCCGCCUCCAAUGACGACUGCUCUGAGAAGUAGCGAAAAUGGCGAUGCGCGUUUAUUUCCUAGUCCUUACGUUUAAUUUGAUGCACCUAACUUUGUUUCCCGCGCGUUAGGCGUGUCUGGAGUUUGCAUUUAAGGUUUUCACAUGCCUAAUAUUCUGCUAUUGCUAACAUAUCUUUUCUCCUUAGGUCACACUGAUUAAUUGUAUGCACAUCGAUAGGUCACUUUUUCCGGACAGAAUGUCUCACUAGUCUUAGAGUCGCGAAAAUUAUCCACACAAUCUCCGCUAAUGACUGGUGUUGGGACCUUGAAUUGUUACAGUCGUUAUGCCCCGGUUUGAAUUUCUUAAAACUCAUCGUGUUAUAACCUAUCAAAAUUGCUUUGAUCGCAGGUUUCGUAAUUAUACCUACAAAAUGGCCCAUGAUAGGAUCUGGUCACAUUUUCGAAACAGAUUUUUAUACUGUUUUUUUGUUGCCAUUGGCUAUUCUGGCAGUAGUACUAAAUGGCUUAUAGGAAGUAAGUGUACUUUUUCAUCUUCCCUUAUGCCGAAUUACUACAAUUCUUAUUGUCUCUUAGAGGAUCUCAAAAAAGAUCAAAAGUCACGAAUACAAUGAAAAUACUGGAUAAAACUAUAAUUGGGAAAAAUUUACGGAUGUGAAUGUUGAAGACAAAUGGCUGGUAAGCAAGCAGUCGAAGCUCGAGGCAGUGCUUCUGAUGCCUACCGUCUGCCGAUUACCCGAACCUUUCAUUGGGUAAUAAUGAAUAAUUUCGAACGUCACCCUGAAUGCUCCGCCUUUACUGCUGCUAAUUUCUCGCAAACCUUUGAUCAAAGCCUGUCUGGUCGUGAGGUUAACAAUGGGUGACAAAUGCGCCAAUAUGCCAUUACGUGUUCCUGCGAAUAUGGAAAGAAACUGGGUAAAACGAACCGGAACUCCCUCGAUUGCAUUCUGAAAUCCGGGACUAAACGAUGCAAAGGCAUGAUUUUUGGUGCAGGAGAAUGAGGAAACGCAGUAUGAUUGCAAAGCAUGUUGAAAUUACAUGCAAACGUUCGUGGUCACAAUACACUGACAGCAUUCAGAUUUAUACCCAUUGCGAAGUGACCUCUUGUUAUGUCCGAAGGUUUUAGAUGACCCACCCUUAGAGCUCUAGCGAUCACGUUGCUGUAAAAGAACUGAAAUCCGCUGACAAAUGUUCCUCAUCGCCGUCUCCCAGCCCGAAAUGCUAACGGGUUUUCGUUUUACUCCGCUGCAUGACCCGUUUUGUUUAAAUGCAAAAUACGGGGCGCAGUUAUGUAUCCGUUGACAAAGGUACAUGUUGUGCUAGAAUUGUUUUGCCAAGAGUGUCCAUCUCAAGUCGCUGGCUGCUUCAAAAGGAACUGUUGAGUCCUUACCAGAGACUGUUAAAGACAGCAAUUACGGAACCCCAUUUAUUCCAAUAACCUUCCUUGUUCUACUAUGCAGAAUAAGAAAUAUGCAAGCAAAAAUUAGGCGCCGCACAUGUACCACUGAAGGGCUUCUUCAACAUGCAUGGUCUCAUCCCCACGUGCCAAAAUAUAUUGAACGCAUGCUUUCGUCUUUGGAUCGCUUCGCCUUGGAAGUAUACCGAACUGGUUUUUCAGUGCCUAGUACAUUUACAGCAGCAUUCUGUGACAGCUGUAGGACGGCCUGUAUUCUGGAACGCAAAUUUCUCAUAUAAGGCUUUAUUUCCCAAUAUUUGGAAUGGCUAAAGCAAAGGUCACUGUAGUUUAUUCAGAACUUCCGAGACCGUGCGACUCUGAGCUUGUAGCGGCAGUUCUACUGAUGAGUGAUAACCUCUGAAACAUCUGAGCGCUUGUUUUGCAUGCGUUAACCUUUGGGAGUGAGAUCGGUAGUUACGACCAUUUUCUACGAUGGUAUACUAGUCCCUUAGCUGGUUGCUGAGGAUAACUCGUCAGUAAAGUGAAUGAGCUAAAGAUUACGUAGCAAAGGCUAUAAGCGACCUAUUAGGCAAUGCGGACAUGGAGGAGAGAACGCCUACUCUGCAAAGUAUUUAAACUAAAAAAUUAUCAUUUAUGUGCCGCUCCCUCUUUCCUCAAUCUGUUUUGACUUUCUAGACGUUUGUCGCCUAAAGCAAAGGGUUUGAAUGAUUUCCGCAAAAGUCCAAACUGUCGUACGCAUUAUUUAUCCUUUAAACUGAAAUGUUUAGCAUAAAAUGCACAUUGCGGCUUGUUGUCCAGGCCAGAUAGCAUCCUCUGUAUACUAGUAAAACGAGGAAAAGUGCAUAGUUUUGGUAAAGAUGAGUUCAGUCUUUUUAUUAACCUGGGUAGUAGGGAGUGCCGUGGGCGGUGAUACACAUUCCACUUUUACGGUCACACCAGAUUCAUCGAUGCGUUUAGAUGAACGUUACCCAGACUUACACUGACGAGGAUACCCUGCCUCACAAAUGCUGUCAGCAAUUACCACGCACAAAGUGUAGUAUAGGAGACGCCAACUGGCCUGAUGAUGUAGACACGACUAUUUUAAUAAGAUAAACUUAUAAACAGUAUACUGACAGUCCCCGUCAAACGCACCGAUGGAUCUUGGUGGAUACGUCUUAUGCGCCCUGUCCCAGCACCCAGAUCUCAUCUGAAGCUCCAUGAAGUCGUGUUUAGCACGGCGGUCACACUAUAGUAACCGGCCUUGACCGGAGGCCUAAAGCCCACGAGGGUGUCUGGCGUGUAGGAAAUGGUAUUUCCUGAACUAAUCCCCGUCCUCCCUCAAAACCGCGCACCAAAACGUUCCAAGGAGAGGACAACACGAAGAUACACGAGAGGCCAAAGCUAAUUCAAGAUGUCUUCCUACUAAGCAAACCUUGUGGCCCAUAGUGGAAUUCAACAGCCGCCUGGGAUAAAUAAACAGCCAAAUUUAGGGGUAGUAUUGAUUCCUCUUUCAUGGAGGGAGGCAGGAAAAGUUGCCCUAAAACUUCUCGUAGCACGUCGUUGACAAUCUGACCGUGGUUUGUGGACGAAAAAAGUGCGGUGGAAAAACAACAGCAAUAUCACCUCAGUCCCCAUCCCCCGUGCUUUCUCAUAGGCUGCCAGCUUAACACUGAUCAUUCUGGCAGUCUGGAAGGUUCGCUUCCUUUUGAACAACCCUACGGCAAACCACUUGAGAGGGAGGACAGCCCUGGCAGCCUGGGAACUAGCAUACUGCGAGGUUGGCGUUGCUGCCCUCGAAGGAACUAGCUUCUUUGAGUUAGGACAAGUGUAAGCGGUGGGUUUCCGAGGCCUUUUAUUCUGGAGCGGCCGUCCAAGCGCAGGGUAACGAGUAGUCAGAGUCGCCUUUGCCAUCAGGAACGCUGGUUUUUCUGUCUGUCUGUUUAAUUAGCAUGAUGCUACCACUAUCAACGCCCAUGUCUCCUCAAUAACAAACUCCGAUAACAUGAACAACAAGUUCUACGAAGGAUUACAACUGUGCCGGAGACGGACAGACUGGUUGUCUUUGAUGACGCCGAUGCCCCCGCCGGCACAGGUCAUGCUGUCUGAGAUAGAGUUCUUCGUUACCAUGGGAUCGACAGCUGCAAUACCAAUAGUCCCAUCAUAUAGGCUUGUAUAUAACAUAAUUUCCUCCUGACCAACACCAUCUUCCGUCUUCCGGUGCGAGAGAUGGCAACGUGGAUGCACCCUCAAUUGCGUCACUGACAUCUACCGAACUAAGUCCUAGUUCGAAAGCGUGGUCAGCGGGACAUGCUCGUAAUUAAGACGAUGGGCGGUGCCCACUGCUGGACGAAUCACCAAGUCGUGAUGUCUGAAAUGAGGCCCAAAUGCAAUCGCGCAGGCGACCGCAAGGUAAGCUAUUAUUGUACAAGUUAGAUCCCCUAUUACCUGAUACGAGUAAAUGUCCAUUGAGUAUUAGCAGCUGCAUGAAUUGCAACCCGGAGGAAAUGCAAACUCCGGAGGUUCAUGUCAAUGCUGAAUCCCAAUAGGGGGAACUGUGGAAUAACUUCAGGGUCAUCGUGAAGGGAGCUCUCGGUCGUGCAAGCCGUCAGAACUAAGACUGGUUUGAUAACUAUGACGAUGUCUGCGCUCUUCUCUCAAAAGAAACACGAAAUACACAUGACCUAAAUCAUCAGCAGCAGCAUCAACAAGGCAACAUACUGCCGGUGCCAACACCUGGUACAGCAGAGAUUGAGGGAGGGGUGCAAAACGAUUGGCUGACUCGCAGAGCCGGGGAGAUACAGGGUUAUACCGGUUGCGGUGAGAUGAGGGAUUUCCUGGCGACAAUCAAAGGGACUAUCAAGGGCCAUCAAGAUGACCGCGCCACUUCUUAGCAAGGGUGGAGCAACGCUUCUGACUGCGAGGUCGCAAAACAUUCAGGGCUUGGCAGCGCGUUUCCAGGACAUCCUCAACAACUUGUCGGCAAUAUGCGAAAAACUAUCGACCAACUUUCCUAAGUGGACACCAACAACGACUUCGAUAGUCCGCCUACUCUCCUUGAGACGAUCAAAACAGGUCAACAACAGUAUAGUGGGAAAGCACGGAAAGCAGACUCAACUUUAAUUGAUGUCCACAGGCAUGGCAGCUCACAAUUGAUAGGAUCCUUAUCUCACCUUUCCAGAUAUGACAACAAGAAGUAUCCCGAGACUUCAAAGAUGUCAUACUCGGCCCAUCUAGGAACGCAAGAGGAUCAACAUCUAUGAUAACCACAGAGGUCUCCCUUCACAACGUCCCAGGAAAAAUUGUCGCCAGUGCCCUAUUUAUUUGGCUGAGCGCCUAUCUGGGGCAGGGACUUCUUUCAGUAGCCCGGCAAGAAUUUCAAAAACGCCAAAAAAUCACAGGCAUGACUUUCGCAGACCCCAACUGCAGCAAAAGUCCCAGAAUAUGAGAAGCGACCCUUACGCCACAUUCGCCGAUCUAAGGAAGGAUUUCGACACAGGAAAUCGUGAGGGACUGUGGAUAUUCCUGCAGAAAUUCGUAUGUCCGGAGCAAUCUUUUCAAAUGAUGAAAUAACGUCACGACGGAAUAAUGGCUCGCGCCAAGAACAGCGGAACAAAAUACGAAGUAUUCACGGUGAUCAGUGGGGGGGGGGAGGAAACAGGACUGCUCACUCACCCCCACCCCCCUCAGCCUCAUGUCCUCCGCCGUGCUGAUGGUUGUCCACCGUACCGUGCGGCCGAGAAUCGACAUGAACUACCAAACCGACGAAAAACUUUCCGACGUCCGCCUCCUGAAAGCGUCUUCGUGGGUUUCAAUGGCCAGUGUUCACGAUCUACUGUACGCCGACGACAGCACGACGGAAGAAGACACGCAGCGGGGUGUGGAGAUCCUCGCCUACGACCUUUCCAAUCCCGACUUUACCAUUACCACUAAGAAGACAGUGCCCUUUUCUUAA